AUCGCCGGUGCGCUGUGUCCCUUGGACACAGCGGAUCAUGGAAAGAGCCGAAGAUGUCGGCUCGGUCAUGUGAUCAGCUGUGUCCAAUCACAGCUGAUCACAUGGGACAUGUACACUGAUCAUCAGGGCAUUGAUGAUCAGUGUGCCCUGAUGAUCAGUGUGGCCCCAGAAGUGCCACCUGUCAGUGUCCAUCAGUGCCAGCAGUCAGUGCUCAUCAGUGCCACAUCAAUGCCACAUAUCAGUGCAUACCAGUGCACAUCAAUGCCACAUAUCAGUGCCCAUCUGAGCUGCCUUUCAAUGUCACCCAUCAGUGCCAGUCAGUGCCACCUAUCAGUGCUGCCAAUAAGUGCCACCUAUCAGUGCCAAUCAGUGUCGCCUAUCAGUGCGCAUCAG